AUGAGGAAGCUACUGGCGGUGGGAGACCUGAAGGCAUUGCUGGCCAGGGAUGGGCUGUCCAUCCUCCCCUCAUGCCUCCCUCAUCAGUUCCACUUUGUGAACAUGAAUAAGACCUGGACUGAAGCUCAGAGAAUCUGCAGACAGAACUACACUGACCUGGCCACCAUUGAUGACACGGCAGAUAUGAAGAAGCUCAAUAACACUAGUGACUCCUCCUACAGAAAGUGGGAGUCUGGCGAGCCGAACAGGGCAAAGAAUGGAGACUUCUGUGCAGAAGUAAAAUUGUCUGGACGGUGGAACGAUGAACGAUGUAAUAACAACAACAACUUUAUUUGCUACGAUGAUGAGCUGGUCCUGGUCCCAGAGAACAAGACGUGGUCAGAAGCCCUGUGGCACUGCAGAGACCUGGACAUGGAGCUGGUGUCUGCCCACAACCAGAACAUCCAGCACUGGGUCCGACAGAGAGCCAAGAAGGCCUCCACUCCCUUCGUCUGGCUGGGCCUGAGGUACACCUGCACCCUGGACUUCUGGUUCUGGGUCAAUGGAGAAGAGUCCUGCUACCACAACUGGGCCGACGGGGAGGGCUACAACACUGGCAAGGAGCAGUGUGGGAACACAGGGGCCAUUCAGAGAGACGGGGGGCAGUGGGUCGGUCUGCCUGAGACUGAGCGAUUCAACUUCAUCUGCAGCAAAAGUGAUGGUGAGAUUUGA